AUGUCAUACGAUUUGUUUUGGUUUUUAAGGUUUUUCCUGACAAUUUUUAUAUUUUGGAAAUCAUUAUUUGCAGUUAAAUGUUCAAAAUCCAGCCACAUAUUACACAUACAUAACCAAUGUAAUUAAUAUAAUAUAGCUAAGAAAUCCAAAAAUGUACUUACCCCUCACUAAUUUUCUUAUUUUCCUGUGCCUGUCUACGUGUUCUGCCAGAAUCCAUAAACUGGAAAUCAGAAAUGAUGCUAGACGAUAUAUCGCCCUCAGUACUUUCGGUUUCUACGAAGGAGGCACCUUGGAAGUGAAACUAUCAAAUUUCCAUGCUACUCCCGAAAACGAAAGCGCCUUGUUCGGAUUUAGCUUAGACAGGACCGUAAACGACGGCAUGAACCCUUACUUAGACAAUCAUCAAGAUAUGUGCAUUCUGGAAACCAACAUUACCAACUACCACAAUAUCAACGAAGAUAUUAUCUAUUUUCUUUUAGAUCUGAAAAAUAAUAAGCUACAAGUUAAAUGCGCUGACCAUCAACCCUCCACUGCCAUUCACAUUUAUAAGGGCAAAGACGAAAAAAAAACACCCUCAACUGCGAAUUCUUGUAAAGAUUUAAACUUUGAUAUUGUUUCAUUUAAAUUAAAUGGAAAAACUUUUUACAAUGCUUCUUUUCUCAUGUCAGUGGAAACUCUAAGAGAAGAAGGCCUCUACAACCUGUUUUUCCACAGCUGCCCCAACUACAAUCCCAAAUCUGAAACCCUAAUCGAUUUAGAUGUAGAAGUAACUGAAUCAAAUGUGGGCAAUUAUUUAUCAGCAGGAGAAAUGCCAUUGCCAGCCCUCUAUUGCAUGAUGGCGAUUUUAUUUUUCUUGUCUGGAAUGUUUUGGGUGUUCCUUUUAAAACAAUCCAAACAUACGGUAUUUAAAAUCCAUUACAUGAUGGCAGUUUUGGUGUUUCUCAAAGCCAUCUCUUUGGCCUUUCACGGGGUUAAUUACCAUUACAUUGAGCAGUUGGGAUUUCAUGUGACCACUUGGGCUAUAUUGUUUUAUGUGGCUCAUUUAUUGAAGGGUGCUUUGUUGUUUGUAGUGCUGGUACUUGUAGGUACCGGGUUUACUUUUAUUAAGCAUGUGCUGACGCCAAAAGAUAAGAAACUUUUUAUGGUUGUUAUUCCUUUGCAAGUUUUGGCCAAUAUUGCUGAAAUAAUUUUGGAGGAAAGCGAAGAAGGGGAUAGGGAGUAUUUGGCUUGGAGAAAUGUGGUGAUUUUAGUUGAUUUGCUUUGUUGCGGCUGUAUUUUGUUUCCUGUUGUUUGGUCUAUAAGGCAUUUACAAGAAGCUUCUGCUACUGAUGGCAAAGCAGCUAUAAACCUCAGGAAAUUGAAACUUUUCAGACACUUUUACGUUAUGGUUGUUUGCUACAUUUAUUCUACACGAAUUAUUGUUUAUUUGCUUAAAAUGACUGUACCAUUUCAAUAUGGUUGGCUACACGAAAUGUUUCGCGAAAUGGCAACUUACACUUUUUUUGUUUUGACUGCGUAUAAAUUCAGACCAGCUUCGCAAAAUCCUUAUUUUGCAUUAAGUGAUGAUGAGGAUGAAAUGGACGAAGUCCUUACAGAAUCGGGAGCAACUGAAGGAUUGAAAAAGGUCAAUAAUCGGACAGUGAAAAUUCCUAUACAUCAAACAAUUACUGAGGUAACUGAAGAGGAAAAAGACGCACUUUUAGGUCAGAGUGAGAGCAGUCACGAUUACGAUUGAAUUUGGGAGUUGAGUGUUUGUUUCCUGUGAUUUUAAUUAGUUAAGUUUAAUUAAGCUAAUUAUUGUAAAAAUUAAAUUAAAUUCGAAUGAA